UAUAGCAAUUCCAUGAAAGUCAUAUGCAUGUGGUUGACUGAUAGAUUAGACCUUCAGCUUCACAUCUACCAGCUGAAGACGCUCAUCAAGAUAGUGAAGAAAACCUACCGAGACUUCAGGUUGCAAGGUGUGCUGGAGGGAACGCUGAACAGUAAAACCUACGACACCGUCCACAGCCGUCUGACCGUAGAGGAGGCCACAGUCUCAGUCACGGAUGCGGGAGGACUUCAGGGCAUUACUAUGAAGGACAGUGAUGAGGAGGAAGCAUGAUAUUAUUUCACCAAGGAUUUGGAGUUUGGGGAUGAUGGUGUGAGGGUGGGGGUUAUCUUUGGCUUGGAAGAUUUUUGGUAACUUGUCCUUGUAGUUGCAUUUAUAGUUUUGCCUUAUGAGAGAGGAGCAGAAAUGUAAUUUCCUCCAUUCAAAAAAAAACAACUGAAAGUAAGAUUAUCAGAGGAAAAGCGCCAAGGACUUUCUGAGAACAAUGGUUGUAGCAUAUUUUAAUGUAUAGCUUUGCUUAGGGCUGCAAGAACACUGGCAUAGAGUUUGAGUUCCACUUGUGGUUACGUUUAUUUCCCUUUUGUUCGUUACCAUUCGUUCCUGUAUCUCCAUCAGAUAUCUAUGUCCUGUGCAGAAAACAAAAUGUGUGCCUCACUUAAAACACAACUAUACAGAAAGUCAUUCUUGGAGUAAGUCAGCGCCCUAGGUAAAAAAGUAGUGUAUUUUCAGGAUUACACUUUCUUUACCUUUUUUUGUGCUUAGUUUUACAUUAUGUGAUGUGUAUUAAAAAUUUUAAUCUUGGUUCUUUGUAUUUUGAGGUUGGUAUAUAAGUAAUAGGAUUUCAAGACCAGUCAAACACAUACAAACUACUUAGGAGUGUUGUGUCUAUUCGUUUUGCAAGUUUAAAGAUAUCUCAUCAUGUUGGAUGUCAGUAAGCUUGCCAUCAAUGUUUCAAUUUCUGUGAAAAAUUUCAGGCAAUAAGAACACAUUUUGUCGUGACAACUUCUGUAUCUACCCAAGUUUGUAUAGAAUUCUACAAUUAAAAGAUGUUUUCAAUAUUGCAAAC